AUGCCGUUAAACGAGGCCCCCGCAUCCAAUGGCGAAGCCCAGAACGACUGGAAAGUCGACCCCUCCGUCUUUGCCUUCACGCCGAGAAAGCUGCGUGUAGUGUGUAUUGGAGCAGGUUUCUCUGGUCUGACCAUUGCGUAUAAACUCAAACACGAGACGCCUCUGGACUUUGUUGAUUUCACUAUCUACGAGAAGAAUCCGGAGGUCGGGGGCACGUGGUUUGAGAAUAUCUAUCCGGGGGUGGCGUGUGAUAUUCCUGUUCACAGUUAUCAGUUCCCGUUUGCGCCUAAUCCCGCGUGGUCGAGCUACUAUGCCACUGGGAAGGAGAUACAGGAGUAUAUUGUCAGCACAGCGGACAAGUACGAUCUGAAGGAGAAGGUCAAGUUCAAUACGAAGCUCGUCAAGGCAAUUUGGAGCGAGGUGCAGGGGAAAUGGAAGCUUCAAUUGCAACAGGGUGAGUUCGUUCUGGAAGAUGAGGCCGAUAUCGUACUGGAUGGGAGUGGUAUUUUGAAUAAAUGGAAAUGGCCCAAUAUCGAGGGUCUGGAUACUUUUAAAGGAAAGCUGCUUCAUACUGCUCGAUGGGACCCGGAAUACAACUACGAGGGCAAGAAAAUCGCAGUCCUCGGCAACGGCUCAUCUGGAAUUCAGAUAAUUCCUUCUCUUCAACCCAAAGCCGCAAAGCUAGUGAAUUACAUUCGACAUGCUACUUGGAUUUCCCCCAACCUCUGUGGCCAAUUGACGAGGGACGGGAUGGGUACGAACUUCCAAUUCACAUCAGAGGAAAAACAGCAAUUCCAGGACGAUCCAGAAAAACUUCUGGAGUAUAGAAAAUCCAUUGAGGGGGCUGUCAAUAGCGUGUAUGCCUGGAUGAUCUCGGGAUCUGAGGAAAAUAAGGCCCUUUAUGAGGUGGUACAUGGGGUAAUGCGAAGCCGCCUGUCCAAAAGCCUAGAGCUGCUCAAGACACUGAUACCGACGUACGAGGAAGACAACGCCAGGAUCACCUUGAGUAAUAUCAAUCGCAUUACACCCAACGGAAUCGAGACAGACGAAGGAGAAGAGGAAUUUGAUUUGAUCGUCUGCGCGACUGGCUUCGACUACUCAUUCAUUCCUCCCUGGGAGCUAAUCGGCCGUGACGGUCGCCGCCUUGAUGAGGAGUGGAAGGACAUACCAGAAGCAUACUUUGCGACAUGUGCUGGCGGAGUUCCCAACUAUUUUAUGUUUGGUGGACCAAACUACCCCAUUGGCCAUGGCUCUUUGCCUGCGGCACUCGACUCCUCCGCUGACUAUAUGUUGCAAUGGAUCAAGAAGAUUGCGGCGGAGGAUAUCAAAUCGGUCGUAGUGAAAGACUCCGUGGUCCGUGAUUAUAACAAAUUCGCGCAAGAAACCCUGAAGCGCUGUGUCUGGUCUAAGGGCUGUCAUGCCUGGUACAGUAAAAGAAACGAAGGAGCCGACAACACUGUCACUGCCAUGUAUCCAGGAAGUGCACUUCAUUUCAAAGCCUGUAUGGAAAAGAUUCGCCCCGAGGAUUUUGAGAUCCAAUAUAAUACCACCAAUCCCUUCAGAUUCAUGGGGAAUGGACAACUGGCGUUUGAGCGAGUCCCUGGCGCUGACCUGGCUUUCUAUUUGAAGUAG